CCCCGCCACGCCACGCCACGAACCGCGGUGAACCGGGGCAUCUCGUCGGCAUAUUUCGCGGCCCGAACCUAGGGUUUCGUCACGUCCCCGUCCCCCGGCGAUGGGGCCGACCGCGCCGCCGCCGGACGCCGGCGGCGGGGAGCCGGAGGCGUGGUACGGCAGCAUCCAGUACCUGGUCAACAUCUCCGCGGUGGGGGCCGCCUCCUGCGUGCUCCUCUUCCUCCUCGUCAAGCUCCGCUUCGACCACCGCCGCAUCCCGGGGCCCUCCGCGCUCGCCGCCAAGCUCCUCGCCGUCUACCACGCCACCGCGCCGCAGAUCGCGCUCCACUGCGGGGCCGACGCCGCCCAGUUCCUCCUCUUCGAGCGCGCCUCCUUCCUCGUGCUCGCCGCCGUGGCCGCCGCCGCCGUCGCCGCCGCCCUCCCGCUCAACCUCCUCGCCGGGGACGCCGCCAUCGCCGACCAGUUCGCCGCCACCACCAUCUCCCACAUCCCCAAGUCAUCCCCGCUCCUCUGGCUCCAUCUCCUCCUCACCGCCGCCGUCGUCGCCAUCGCCCAUCUCGGCAUCUCCCGCAUGGAGGACGCCCUUCGCAUCACCCGCUUCCGCGACGGCAACGGCAACCCCAGCGACCCCAACUCCAGCUCGGUUGCCGUCUUCACCAUCAUGAUCCAGGGCAUUCCCAAGACGCUCGCCGCAGACAAGACCCCGCUCAAGGAUUACUUUGAGCACAAGUACCCUGGAAAGGUGUACCGGGUCAUCGUGCCCUUCGAUCUCUGCACGCUGGAGUAUCUAGCUGAGGAGUGGGGGAAGGUGCGGAACAGGAUUUCUUGGCUGGAGGCAAGGAUGGAUGCCCGCAACCUAUUUGAUGAAUUUGCUCAGGGUGGAAGACAUUCAGAAGAGCAUUGGAUUGUGAGGAGAUGCAAAGAGCUGUGGGUGAUGACAGCAGAGAGGUUCGGGUUUACUGACGAGGAAAUGCUAAGGAGGUUGCAGACAAAGAAACUUGUCCUCGGUAGCAGGUUAUCGGAUUAUAAGGAUGGGCGUGCUCCCGGUGCUGGCAUAGCCUUUGUGGUUUUUAAGGACGUGUAUACAGCAAACAAGGCUGUGAGAGAUUUCCGGAUGGAAAGGAAGAAGACACCAAUAGGGAGGUUCUUCCCGGUGAUGGAGCUCCAGCUUGAGAGAAGCCGUUGGACUGUGGAAAGGGCACCACCGGCAUCAGAUAUCUACUGGAACCAUCUAGGGCUGAGCAAGACCUCACUAGGAUUGCGGCGUAUUGCAGUCAACACCUGCCUCAUUCUGAUGCUCUUGUUCUUCAGUUCACCAUUGGCAAUAAUUAGUGGGAUGCAAAGUGCAGCGCGGAUCAUCAAUGUGGAGGCUAUGGAUAACGCCAAAUCAUGGCUUGUCUGGCUCCAAAGCUCUAGCUGGUUCUGGACCAUUAUCUUUCAGUUUCUUCCCAACGUCCUCAUUUUUGUGAGCAUGUAUAUUAUCAUCCCAUCAGUGCUGUCUUACUUCUCCAAGUUUGAGUGUCAUCUGACAGUGUCGGGAGAGCAGAGGGCUGCAUUGUUGAAGAUGGUUUGCUUCUUCCUUGUUAAUCUCAUUCUACUGCGUGCGCUGGUGGAAUCAUCGCUUGAAAGUUGGAUACUCAGUAUGGGCCGGUGCUACCUAGACAGUGUUGAUUGCAAGCAGAUUGAACAAUACUUAAGCCCCUCUUUUUUGUCAAGAUCUUCACUCUCCUCCCUGGCAUUCUUGAUCACAUGCACCUUUCUAGGAAUAUCCUUUGAUCUGUUGGCUCCAAUCCCUUGGAUAAAGCAUGUAAUGAAGAAAUUUAGAAAGAAUGAUAUGGUCCAGUUGGUCCCUGAAGAAAAUGAGGACUACCAACUGAUGCAUGAUGGCGAAGAAACAAAUAAUUUGAGAGCGCCUCUAAUGUCUGAGAGAGAAGACAGUGGCAUUCUGAAUGGUAUUGAGGAGCAUGAUCUUUCAUUGUACCCGAUAAACAGGAGCUUCCAUAUGCCAAAGCAGACAUUUGACUUUGCACAAUACUAUGCAUUUGACAUUACAAUAUUCGCGCUCACAAUGAUCUACUCACUGUUUGCUCCUCUGACAGUUCCUGUCGGCGCAGUAUACUUUGGCUACCGAUACCUUGUGGACAAGUACAAUUUCCUGUUUAUCUACAGAGUUAGAGGGUUUCCUGCAGGCAAUGAUGGGAAGCUGAUGGACAUGGUGAUCUGCAUCAUGCAAUUCUGCGUUAUUUUCUUCCUUGUUGCAAUGUUACUAUUCUUUGCAGUCCAAGGUGAUCCUAUGAAGCUACAGGCAAUAUGUACUCUUAGUUUGUUAGUCUUUUAUAAAUUGCUGCCCUCUAGAAGUGAUCGCUUCCAGCCAUCCUUGUUGGAAGGGAUGCAGACAGUUAAUAGCUUUGUAGAUGGUCCAACAGAUUAUGAAGUUUUUUCACAACCUGACCUGGAUUGGAGCCUGUAUCAAUCCUGAAGAAAAUUUCAAGGUCAAUACACACUUGUUUAGUUAUUUCUUAUCUCUUUCACCUGAGCUUUUCAUUGUACCACUCUUGACCUUUUGUACAGUUACAUAGGUAACUCUUUUGGCUUCUAGCUGAAUUUGUUUGUUGGAAAUGAAAAGCACGCACUGUUUAGAUCAUUAAAGCUGUGUAUCUAAAAUUCUAUGAGAAGAAAAUACUUAACAUUAUCCUA